UUACAAAACAAUAAGGUUAUGAAGGUCGAAAAGCAAACGUGUUUUGUUUAACUGGAGCCGGACACGUCCUGUGACCCUCGCGUAGAAAUGACGGACAAGGAUUUCAGGCUGUUGGAGGGCGAAAAGCCGAAAAACGCAACCGAGAAGGAGCCAAAGUCGAUCAGGCUCAAUUUGGAGCUGAAGAACGGCGAAGAGGACCACUGCCCCAUCUUCAACUACUACAACCUCAUCCAAAAGCGGAAGCACGACAUAUCGGACGGCGUACGCGACAACGUCGACCAGAUGGACAAACAGCGUAGCGUGUCUUACGCACAGCUCGGAGCCGGCUACGACGAAAACGAUUCGUUCAUAGACAACACCGACCUCCAGGACGAAGGGAUGCCGGAAAACCUGGACACCAAGCGAGGAGGGUUCUACGUCAAUUACGGAAAACUUGAGUUCACCAAAGUCUGCGACGGGAUCCACUUUUGACGAGCCGGAAAGAAUUUUAUCACGGCACAAUUUUCAACACGGUUUAUCUUUCUUAAUUUUCUUCUUUUUUUUUUAAUUUUGUGUUCAAUUGAAUUGAUUAAACCAAAGCCUCGUCUGAUGGUACACAGUUUGAUCCAUGACUUCACGAAUGGUCGAGCCAGAAGAAAUCGAACCUACAUCGAGCUAGGUUGGCCGAAGAAAGUCGAAACUCCCACCACUAUAUUCGGUUCACCAUUUAUAAUAAGGCUGAGUUAUUUUUGUUUUGUAUUUAAGAAUUAAUAUUGUAGAAUAUUGACUAGACUUUUUUUAAAUGUUCUUGUAUAAUAAGCAAAUAAAGAGAACUUGUCUUUUGCCA